UCAGCUGCAUGCAACUAAGCUUUCACUGAAGCAAGCAAACAAACACCUAAAGAUCUGCUAUUUGAGUAUUUCUUGUUUCUCUUCAGCUUCAUCAGCCAUGGUGGUUCCCGUGAUCGACUUCUCCAAGCUGGACGGCGCUGAGAGGACCGAGACUCUGGCGCAGAUCGCCAAUGGCUGCGAGGAAUGGGGAUUCUUCCAGCUUGUGAACCAUGGCAUCCCGCUGGAGCUUCUUGAGCGCGUCAAGAAGGUGUGCUCCGACUGCUACCGCCUCCGAGAGGCCGGGUUCAAGGCGUCGGAGCCAGUGCGCACGUUGGAGGCGCUCGUCGACGCGGAGCGGCGCGGCGAGGAGGUGGCGCCUGUGGAUGACCUGGACUGGGAGGACAUAUUCUUCAUCCACGACGGCUGCCAGUGGCCGUCCGACCCGUCGGCGUUCAAGGAGACCAUGCGCGAGUACCGCGCCGAGCUGAGGAAGCUCGCCGAGCGCGUCAUGGAGGCCAUGGACGAGAACCUUGGCCUCACCAAGGGCACCAUCAAGGAUGCCUUCUCCGCCGGCGGCCGGCACGAGCCCUUCUUCGGCACCAAGGUCAGCCACUACCCGCCGUGCCCGCGCCCGGACCUCAUCACGGGCCUGCGCGCGCACACCGACGCUGGCGGAGUCAUCCUGCUGUUCCAGGAUGACAGAGUCGGUGGCCUGGAGGUGCUCAAGGACGGCCAGUGGAUCGACGUGCAGCCGCUCGCGGGCGCCAUCGUCAUCAACACCGGCGAUCAGAUCGAGGUGCUCAGCAACGGGCGGUACCGCAGCGCCUGGCACCGCGUGCUGCCCAUGCGCGACGGCAACCGCCGCUCCAUCGCCUCCUUCUACAACCCGGCCAACGAGGCCACCAUCUCGCCGGCGGCGGUGCAGGGCAGCGGCGGUGGUGAGACGUACCCCAAGUACGUGUUCGGUGAUUACAUGGACGUGUAUGUCAAGCAGAAGUUCCAAGCCAAGGAGCCCAGAUUCGAAGCCGUCAAGGCCGCGGCGCCCAAGUCAUCUCCGGCGGCCUAAAACUUGCACUAGACAACUUCUUUAUCUAGUGCUAAAACGUUUGCGGAGAGUUAAAUGUCGGGCACUCUGAUAAAGACAAAAUUUACCGAGUAUUCGACAAAGAACUCUUCUCCAAUAGUGUUGCCGCUUAAGGACACAAACUCAAUACAGGAUGGUAAAAUUAUUUGGGUUGCUAUUUUGUUUCAUCGUGUUGAGCGUGAAAAUGUAAUCCUAAUAUUCUUGUUCCUCGUGUUCAAUGACAUAUAUUGGAUUAUUUUA